UACUACUGUUCAAAUGUUGGCACGCUCAAUGCUUUGCAGGACUAGUUCCCAGCACUAAAGGCUAAUUGGCAAUGAUACUGCAUUGCACUAAAACUAAUUUUUCUAAAAAUUGUUUGUUGAAAUGGAAGGUGAUGAUUUUAAGGUUGGAAAGCCACUCAAGCGAUGGAGGUAGACUGUUGGUCAGUGCUUAUUCUAAGCAAAUGAAAAACGCGUAAGCAACUGAGAGCAAUACUUCUUCUGUUCAGAGAUGGAAAACAACAUAACUACUAUCUCUCGCGAAGAGCUUGAAGAACUGAGAGAAGCAUUCAGUAAAAUAGAUAUUGACAACAGUGGGUAUGUCAGUGAUUAUGAGCUUCAGGACCUGUUUAAAGAAGCAAGUCUGCCCUUGCCCGGUUACAAAGUCCGGGAGAUCGUAGAAAAAAUCAUUGCAGUGACAGAUAGCAACAAGGAUGGAAGAAUCAACUUUGAAGAAUUUGUCUCUAUAAUCCAGGAAUUGAAAAGUAAAGAUGUUAGCAAAUCUUUCAGAAAAUCAAUAAACAAAAAGCAAGGUAUUACAGCAAUUGGAGGAACAUCAGCAAUAUCUAGUGAGGGGACACAACACUCUUAUUCAGAGGAAGAAAAAGUUGCUUUUGUUAAUUGGAUAAAUAAAGCUCUACAAGAUGACCCAGACUGUAAGCACCUUCUACCUAUGAACCCAGCAGAUGCCAGUCUUUUUAAAUCCCUUGCCGAUGGCAUUCUUCUUUGCAAAAUGAUCAACUUUUCACAACCAGAUACAAUUGAUGAAAGGGCUAUUAAUAAAAAGAAACUCACUCCUUUCACUGUUUCUGAAAACCUAAACCUGGCUCUGAACUCAGCAUCUGCUAUUGGCUGUACGGUUGUCAAUAUUGGAUCACAAGAUUUGCAAGAAGGAAAACCGCAUUUGGUAUUAGGACUCUUGUGGCAGAUCAUUAAAGUUGGUCUUUUGGCUGAUAUUGAGAUCUCCAGAAAUGAAGCUCUUAUCACUUUGCUAAAUGAAGGGGAAGAACUAGAUCAGUUAAUGAAGCUUUCCCCAGAAGAGCUGUUGCUACGAUGGGUGAACUACCAUCUGGCCAAUGCAGGGUGGCAGAAAAUUAGUAACUUCAGCCAAGACAUUAAGGAUUCAAGAGCAUACUACCAUCUGUUAAAUCAGAUUGCACCAAAAGGAGAUGACCAUGAAUCGCCCAGUAAAAUUGACUUUUCAGGAUUUCAUGAGAAAAAUGACUUGAGGAGGGCUGAAUACAUGCUCCAACAGGCAGAUAAACUGGGCUGCAGACAGUUUGUAACUCCAGCUGACGUGGUUUCAGGCAACCCUAAACUCAAUUUGGCUUUUGUUGCAAAUCUCUUUAACACAUAUCCAGCCCUACACAAACCUGACAAUUCAUCUUACGAUCUCAAUUUAUUAGAAGGAGAAAGUAAGGAAGAAAGGACUUUCAGAAACUGGAUGAAUUCACUGGGUGUAAACCCCUACGUUAAUCAUUUAUACAGUGACCUCUCUGAUGCUUUAAUAAUCUUCCAACUGUAUGAUAUGACUCGUGUGCCGGUUGACUGGAACCAUGUCAACAAACCUCCUUAUCCAUUACUUGGCGGUAAUAUGAAGAAGAUUGAGAAUUGCAAUUAUGCAGUAGAACUCGGGAAGACAAAAGCCAAAUUCUCACUCGUGGGUAUUGCUGGACACGAUCUAAAUGAGGGUAAUCCAACUUUGACUUUGGCUUUGGUAUGGCAGCUGAUGAGAAGGUAUACUUUGAAUGUACUAUCAGACCUUGGAGAGGGAGAAAAAGUAAAUGAUGAAAUUAUUAUUAAGUGGGUGAAUGAGACACUUGCAAAAGCAAACAAGAAAACUUCAAUUACGAGUUUCAAGGACAAAUCAAUUAGCACUAGUUUACCUGUCCUGGACUUAAUAGAUGCCAUUGCACCAAAAGCAGUUCGUCCAGAAAUGGUCAAGAGAGAAGAUCUUUCUUACCAAGACAAGUUGAAUAAUGCUAAGUAUGCCAUUUCAGUUGCUCGAAAAAUCGGUGCUCGUAUAUAUGCUCUCCCAGAUGAUCUGGUUGAAGUGAAGCCAAAAAUGGUGAUGACAGUGUUUGCAUGUUUGAUGGGAAGAGGACUGAACAAACUAAAAUAAUGAAAAGAUGUCAUGGAACUUUCUGCCAUGUUAAGCACGAUGAAUGCCUCACAGUUUACAGAGUUCUGAUGCUUAGUAUAAAACAAGAAAAUUUGUAUGCACAAAUAUGCUCAUUAAUUAUGUUUUAAUAAUGUGUUAAAAUUUUAUUUCAUUUCACAACACUGAUUAUUUAUGGGUAGUAUUGUUUUCAGAACAGGGUCAUUAGCAAAUUAAAAUCACAAAUAUUUAUUGCUUUAAAAAACCCCACGCUAUAACAAUCAAGCUUCAUUUGUACUAGUUUCCAUAGCAUUGUAAGAAUGUGCAUCACUUUACGUACAUUAUUUCAGGAUGUAUUGUGAAACAUUGGCUUUCUUUUUUUUUUUUUGUGAGGGUGUUACAUGUAAUCAUACAAGUGUCAAGGUGUAUUCCAGUCAUAUUACAUUACUCCUAACUGCACAAAAGUUAUCAUCCUUGCCUUAUUCUUUGAGAGCCUAACUCCUGUUGAAGGCACUGAGAGUCUUGCCGUUGACUUCAAGGAGAGCAAGUGAAGGCCUAUGAUAAUGUUGGGAAACGAAUAGUGAUAAAGCUGAUUAAACUUUUUUGUGGGAAUAAUCUUUAAAUACAGGUAGUGGUUUUGUUCUGUUACUGAGCAGGGGGUUUGUGGUCUGUGUCUUAAGAAAAAACAGCAAAUAGUAAGCGGAAAUGUAAUCGGCACUAUUAGGUCUGCAUGUGUGUUAGCUUUUGCAGUUGGACUAAACAUUUCUUUUUUUAAUUUUUCACAAAAUAUUGUAUAAGAAAACAAUAAAGAGCUGGCUAGUCCAGUUUGGGGUUUCACAUUAAUGUAUUGCACUUCCUUAUAGAUUCGUCCUUUAAUUUCUUCCUGAAGUGUAUUUCUUGUGUGCAGAGGUUUUGUCUAGAAAGACUUGUGCAUUGUCUGGAUGAUAUGAAGUCCAUAAUUAUUUUCUUAUUAGUUUUAAAGUAUUUGUACUUAAUCUUCAGCUGUAAAUUUUCACCACACAUUCUGGAGCUGGACAUUUAAUGAAGUGUUACUAGAAGCCAAACAGUAAGAAAGAAAAAAAAAAAUGAAAUAAAAAUGAAAGGGUUUGG